AGCAAUAGCAGCAGCAGUAGUAGUAGCACGAGCAAUAGCAGUAGUAGUAGUAGUAGCACGAGCAAUAGCAGCAGCAGUAGUAGUAGUGGUCGCACGAGCAAUAGCAGUAGUAGUAGUAGUGGUAGCACGAGCAAUAGCAGUAGUAGUAGUGGUAGCACGAGCAAUAGCAGCAGCAGUAGUAGUAGUGGUAGCACGAGCAAUAGCAGUAGUAGUAGUAGUGGUAGCACAAGCAAUAGCAGUAGUAGUAGUGGUAGCACGAGCAAUAGCAGUAGUAGUAGUAGUAGCACGAGCAGUAGUAGUAGUAGUAGCACGAGCAAUAGCAGUAGUAGUAGUAGUAGCACGAGCAAUAGCAGUAGUAGUAGUAGUAGCACGAGCAAUAGCAGCAGCAGUAGUAGUAGUGGUAGCACGAGCAAUAGCAGUAGUAGUAGUAGUGGUAGCACGAGCAAUAGCAGUAGUAGUAGUAGUGGUAGCACGAGCAAUAGCAGUAGUAGUAGUAGUGAUAGAACGAGCAAUAGCAGUAGUAGUAGUAGUAGUGGUCGCACGAGCAAUAGCAGCAGUAGUAGUAGUACUGGUAGCACGAGCAAUAGCAGCAGUAGUAGUAGUACUGGUAGCACGAGCAAUAGCAGCAGUAGUAGUAGUAGCACGAGCAAUAGCAGUAGUAGUAGUAAUAGUAGCAGUAGUGGUAGCACGAGCAAGGCAGAAGAAAGCACAAAGUCCGUUCGGAACCAGCGACGAGACGGGUACCGCCGUGGACCUCGCCUUAUGAAACGGCCAAUGGCCACACGGCAGAAGGUGGACGGUGUCAGUGCCUCUAGGCCGCGGGAUGUCGAACUAAUCUCUCCUGCAGCAGGAGUUUACUGCAGGAGAAAUAAGGGAAAAUGGAAAUUAGAAGAUGAUUAUGCACUGCUAGAAAUGCAAUGGUCUGGAAAAGAUGGCUUCAAGGAUGCUCGAGGGCCGAAGAAAGUCAACGUCCAUUUGGAACCGGAGGCGAGACGGGCACCGCCGUGGACCUCGCCUUAUGAAACGCUCAAUGGCCACACGGCAGAAGGUGGACGUUGUCAGUGUCUCCAUAUUUGUGUUAUAAAAACCAGCCGUGGGAUGUUGAACUAG